CCCUGGCAGCACAGGCAAAGAUAAGCAGGCCUUGGGCAGGACUUAAGCGAGGCGAGAGGCGGCUGCCCGCAUUCCCUCGCUGGCCGCCGCCGCCAUGCUGACCCUCGCCGCCGUCCUGUAUCUUGCGGCCCUCGCGCGGGCCGCCCAUGAACCCCUUGGGGUGUCGGAGAGUCUGACCCUGGAUAAUGGGCUCAACAGAGGUGACUGGGGACCCAUCGAGCUUUGCCCAGCCGGCUCCUUUGCCUACGGCUUUCAGAUCAAGUACCAGGACCUUGGCUACGUAGACGACACGGCCGUCAAUGGCCUCAAGAUCUACUGCCGCGACGGACUCGGCGCCACCACUGGCUACAUCACGAGCCUUGUUGGGAAGCACGGGACGUGGCGAAAUAUCCUCACCUGCCCGCUGUCCGAGUUCGUGGAGGGCAUGCGGGGGUACGUGCUGCCCGACCAAGGCAGCAUGCACGACGACCUGGGCGUGGACAACGUGCAGCUGUGGUGCGAGGAAGGGACCAUCCUGGACGGGAAGCUGAGGGCGGCGCCCACGGACGAGCAUCUCGCCCAGGCCGAGAGAGAGACAGUUAUCGUCGACGAACGAGAGGUUGAGGCCGUUUACCUGAAGGAUGGUCGUAAAGGAACACCGCGGAUCGCCGGGGUGUGGAGCCUGUGGGCCUACUGCUCGAACGGCAACUACGUCUGCGGCCUGGAGACGCGCGUCGAGACGGAGUCCACGUUCACGGACGACGCCGGCCUCUCCGACUUCGUGCUCUACUGCUGCUCGCCCUAAGGCGGCGGGCCGGGGCGCGGAGGCGCGGAGGCGCGGGCCGGCGCUCUGGCUGUGGUUCCGGUUCCUCGCACGGCCCGCGCGUCGGUGGCGGAGCACCUGGCGGAAUCGGGCUGCUGGACCUCAAUAAAAAGUUGAUCUUA